AUGGAUUGCGGGCCACCUCAUGGAGAAGAAGGAGAUCAUGGCGGAAGCCCAAUAGGGUACUCCAAACCCCAAACCCUCCAAGGAACUUCGGAAGGAGCUCACACCCAGGAGCUCAAGGGGCUCAUUCGCUCGGUGGAGAAGCAUCCGCCCCCCAUGUACCAGGCUUUGGAGGCUAUGCUCAUCGGCAUUUGCAUCGCUUGCUUCUGUCUGGACGGCAGCUCGAGCGAGGAGGAAUCCAUCCGCGCACUGACUGUGGAAGAUGCGACGAACCUGGUCUUCUGCUUGGAAUACCUCUCCCGCGCCUGGGCCAACGGGUUCAGCAUGAGGUGGUUCUUCAAAGGCUCCUCCGUCAUUGACCUGCUGUCCUGCCUGCCCAUUGUGGAGAAGGUUGCGUCCCUGGAUCCAUCUUCCGAGAUGAGCCUGGAGCUGACGCUGCUCCGAUCCGUUCGCUUCCUGCGGAUUUUCCGGCUGCUAAAGUCAACAGCCAUGGUGGAGGAUCGGAACGGCCGGAAGCGCAGAUCUCUGAGCCUCUCGGUGAUGCGGAUCCUGGUGUCCGCCGUGGGCACCCUCUCCAUUUCUGCGGGUCUGCUAUGGAGGGUGGAGGGCAAAAAUGGCAUCAACCCCUCCAUCAACUCCUUCGGAGAUGCCUGCUUCUACAUGCUCAACGUCUUCACAUCCCAGGGGGCACCCUUUCCUGUUAUGAGCACUCAAGGUAGGUUUGUAACUGCGGCUGCCAUCCUCAUCGGAGUGCUCUCGCUUCCAGUGCAAGUCUCGGAGCUCCUCUCACUCUUGCGCAGCAUGAAGCAAGAGGAGGAGCGUGAGCGAGUUAACAGCAUCGACAGCUGCAUCGUUCUGGCCAGCGGCUCCUCGGCAGCUGCUGUGGCAGCUGUGGCGGUGGAAGAAGCCCCCUCCGAGAAGUUGGAUCCUGAGAUCACGGUGCCCACGCCCACGGCUGACAGCCUCGGCUCCACCUACGGCUUCCUCAGCAUCUCCGUGGAAGACUUCUGCCGGGAGGCUGGUGUAGAGAGCACCGCCCUGAGCGUCCCGAUCCUGGACUCAGACGUCGGGGAUUUUUUCACCGUCUUGGAGGACGUCUCCACGGCUGAACACGUCGUGCCGGAGCCCCGAUCCCGAGUGAAGCUCUUAGCAGCCUUGGUGCGCCGGAAGAGGCUCUACAAAGCCGACAUGCGCACGCACAGCCCGAGCGGCUUAGCAGGGUAA